GUAUUCCCUGACUUCAACUGAAAAAUGGAGUUAUUAGCUGUCCUAAGUUUGACAUGUUUUAUAAAAUUUACAGAAUCUAUUCAUAAAGACAACUGUAUAUUCCAUAAAUCAUGGUGGAUUAACCAAUGGGUUACAAAUGAUGGAAAAACAGAAAAUUCACUUUACAUAACAAAUUCAACGAUAGCAAAUUUCCGGAUUCCUAGUAUUACAUCUGAAACGUUUCACUGUUACAGUAAAACACAAAACAUUUACUUAUUAAGAAGUACGAGGUCUGAUGGUUUGCCGGAGUAUGUAUGUAUGAUGGCAAAUGAAGUCAGAAGGGAUUUAUACUGUCUUUAUCUAAUUAAAGAAAAUUCAACAACAGCAAGUGGAAACAUACCUGCUUGUAGUAUUUGUACAAGUUCCUCGUCACCUAGAAUGUAUACGCUUAAGCACUUUGGUAAUCAAACAAUAGAAGAUCCAAUAACAUGCAGUAAUUAUAAACAGCAUUGCCACAAACCUUCAGAGGAAUCUUCACCAGUGGAGACAGAAUCUACAUAUGGUGGUAAAGGGUCCAAAUCUGCAGGGAAAAAUUCGCAGACGUACAUUGUAGGCAUAGUAAUUGGAAUAUUUGUUAUUGGAGGAUUUUUGAUUGGUUUAUGUGUUUAUAUAGCACAGCAAAGACAGGCCAAAGAAGUUCCAGAAGAAGUAGAAUUAAAUAAAAUAGACAGUGAUGAAGGAACAGGACCCGUAGAGGAUUUUAAGGAUAUUACAGUUGGUGAAAUACAAUUGGACAGAGUUGAUCUGUAGAAAAAGGAGGACUAUGCAUAGAUAUAUAUAAAACAAAUAUGUGCCAUUCAUUAUGUAUACUUAGUAUUUUUUAUAACUGUUACAGUGAAAGAAACUUUUGAUAAUUUAGUUCUUCAAAAUUAACAUGAAUAACGUGACACUGUUGUGAAAUUGAUGUUUUUUUUAAUCUCUGUGCUGCAGUCAAUUGGUUCUUUAAAGUCGACUUUUCUGUUCUUCCUAGGCUUGUUUUGCCUGAAGUUUAUGAUUUGGAAGAUAUAUGUGUAUUCGGUCUUUUCCUUUUUAUAUGACGUCAUGAAAACAUUUUAAACGGAGCUACAUGUAAGAGAUCAUUUAAACCUAUUAAUUAAAAAAUCUGAAUUAAUUACAUAUCAAUGUCAAGCUACCCGUGAUAAUUGUCGACGUUUGCUUAUCGUUUAAUUUAGCAAUUAUUUAACGCGCAGUGGAUUAUAAUCUUAACAGUAAGCUCUGCAAAGUUGGCCAAAUGGGAUAAAGGAUAUAGAAAAAUGAAUGUCACUGAAAAAUAGUCUUUGUAAGGUAGAAGAUGAAAAUUUGCCUCGCAAUAUGUAUUUUGCGGAGAUAAUUCCGACUGGACGUAUAGCUGAUUAUUCUUACAUAUUGCAAAACAACUGCCAAGGUUGUAAAAUACAAUUAAAAUAUUUGCUCCUUUAAUAUGUUAUUUCAUAAAGUAUUCCUUGUCUUUCAAAUUGAGAAAAAAAACUUUUUAGCAGUUUUAUCAAAUGUUUAUAAUAUUUCUUGCAUAUUUCUAUCUAAACGAGUUCAGUUUAUUGAUACUUUAUUUGAUAUAAAUGAUAAAAAUGAAUCCAGUACCAAUUAUAACCCAGAAUAUAGUUAUAAACACAACAUAUGUGAUAAACAACUAUUAUGUGAGACUAUCAAUAUCGCUAACGACUACUAUCAUAUAGUGAUACGCUUAACUAGCUAUUAACAAAGAACCCUCUCUUUUGUCAGAGCUUUUGCGUCUGAGCAUUCAUUUUCUCUUUAAAGUAAGUACGCGUUAAACUCGAAGAAAGUUGUGACAUAUCGAUAUACUAUAGUACUUUUAUAAAUUAAACAAUAUGUUAAAGGUGGCAAUCAUCCGUCAGGAAGUCAAGAAUAUUCUGUUGCAGAUAAUAGUUUUGUGGUGAAAAAUGAGAUUUUAAUAAACUCAAUUAGACCAGA